AUGGAGGUGGGCCGUAGAAAUGGUGUUUCCUGCUUAUCUGCUGGAGGGAGAUGCAACAGUCGCUUUAUUGGGAAUAGACGGAAGAUACGUGAAUUAGGCUCUGAAGUUCCACAAAUGUACGAUUAUGAGUUCCUAAGCAACAAAGGCACCCAAAUAUACCAGAAGGAUGUUAAGGGACACUUUGGUUGCGUUAAUGCCCUUGAGGUGUCACCUGACGAAAGGCUUCUGGUCAGCGGUGGGGAUGAUAGACGUGUUCUUUUGUGGAACGUCAGUGAUGUUCAAGUGCAGGAGAGCCCAAAUCCCAUUGCUGUUAUGGGGCAAAUGCAUUAUUCAAAUAUUUUUUCAUUAGCAUUUUCAAACUAUUGUGAAAAGAUUUAUUCGGCUGGUAAUGAUGCUUCCUUAUUUGUUCAUGAUAUUGCCACACGAGAAGUUGUGCACCAUAAAAAAGCUAGAAGUGCUUUUUACAACAUUUCUACAAAUCCGAUAGACGACAAUCUGAUAAUUUCGGCGUCAGAUGAUGGAAAAGUAAGACUACAUGACCUUCGGCAAGAUGAUGAUACGGUCGUUGUUAAGCGGAUUGGCUGCAUGUAUUGUGCUCAGUUUAAUCCGCGGAAACCAAAUAUCAUAUCAGUUUGUAGUAAACAAGAUGGUCUUGUGAUAUACGAUUCUAGGAAGUGGGACAGGCCUUGGAUUCGGCUUUGCCGCUCUGACACCGGAGCUAAUGGAGUUAAUUGGUGUGAUUGCUCAGUAAUGUAUGGGCAGUGGAAUGAAACUGGCGAUGGUUUAUUUGCUGUGAGGAGUAGGUCAAGUCCGAUCUAUUAUGACUUCAACACUGGAGGCUGUGUGGAAUUCUCAGAGAACGGGUUUGUUAAUUCUUGUACAGUGAAAUCCUGUUCUUUCAUUUCUCCUCGCCUUGUUAUGACUGGUUCUGAUGACUGGAACAUUUACGUUUGGAAGAUUCCCGAUCUGGGUUGUGAAAGUAAAUUAGUAGUAGUAUUAGACUUAGCUGUCUAUUUUUUAGAAAAAGUAGUAGAUACAGCUUACCGUAUUUUGGAAGGUCACCGGUCUAUCGUUAAUCACGUGAAGUAUAGUCAACUAAAUAGAAUACUUUUUUCUUCUGGAGUGGAGAAAAUUGUUAAGUUAUGGAGUGAGUUUGAGUUGAAUGGCAGCUAUUAUGAUCCUAUCAGGAGACAAGUUAUUGCACUUGAUCACGAUUUUGUGGAUUCGAGUCAUGAAGAUAGCGUUGAAGAGGAUUUGUACAUGCUCGGAUUCUUCGACAGUUUGACCGCUGUAUGUUGA